CCGGCAACGAAGACGAUGGAAAACCCAAGGAAUGGAGGAGACCUGAAAUCCACGGAACUGGAGCCUCACUCUUCAAGGGAAGAAUUAGAAAGCUUAAUCAAUUUGGUAACCCUGCAUUUUUACAGCUCGUUCCUCCGCUUUAUCGAGACUAAACCGUAUGCUUUCUGUCAGAAAGAUUUCCUUUCGUUCGAUGCUAGAACUUGAGUAAGUGUAUGAUCUUGACUCUUCCCUCUUAGAAGGAAGAAAUUAGUGCAAAGAUAAUUGUUGAUGCCGUCAAUCUGGUAGGAAUUAGAUGAUUAGGUUCGCUUUUAAGAAUAUUAAUCUUGACUUUAUUUUUUCUAUAUUAUGCAUGCUUAAUCCUUUUGAUCUUGUGGAAGCUUGAAUUUUAGGCUCUUAUUAUGGAGGCUGACAGGUUAAAUUCUCCCAGUACAUUCACCAUGACCAUGGAAGUCUUAGGUCAUGAAUUGCGAUUCUAUCAGGAUCCCAAUUCGAAACAUUUAGGAACAACAGUUUGGGAUGCAUCACUGGUAUUUGUCAAGUUUCUGGAGAAGAAUUGCCGAAAAGGAAAAUUUAGCCCUUCAAAACUUAAAGGAAAGCGUGUCAUUGAACUUGGAGCUGGUUGUGGACUAGCUGGAUUUGGCAUGGCAUUGCUUGGAUGUGAUGUGGUUGCGACAGAUCAAAAGGAGGUUUUGCCUAUACUAACAAGAAAUAUCGAACGUAAUACUCCAAGCUUUGCACAGAUGAACCCUUCAGAUUCUUUUGGUUCAAUCAGUGCAGCAGAAUUAGACUGGGGAAAUGAAGAUCAUAUCAAGGCUGUAGGUCCACCAUUUGACUUCAUUAUUGGCACUGACGUGGUCUAUGCAGAACAUCUCUUGGAACCACUUUUGAUGACAAUACAUGCAUUAUCAGGUCCUAAAACUACAAUUAUGUUGGGGUAUGAGAUUCGUUCAACAAAUGUUCAUGAGCAAAUGCUUGACAUGUGGAAAAAGAACUUUGAGGUGAAAACUGUAUCAAAAUCAAAGAUGGACUCCCAGUACCAACAUCCCAACAUUCAGCUCUACAUCAUGGGGCUGAAGUCUGCAGCUGGGAACACAGAGAACCCUCAAGAAGACAACAUUGAUCAGAAAAUUGAUAGAGUUUGUUCAAGUCGGGAAAAUGACAAAAAGGAUGUAAGUUGCGAUGAAACGGAUAUCCAGAAGGCGGAAGAGCCAGUUACAGAAAAUGCGGAUGAAAAAGUGAGUGACUGGGAAGUUAGAAGAAUAGGCUCGAUGGCUGCUCGUCUUCUACAAGAUGUAAAAAUUGCUUGAUCCAUUCUUCGAGAGUUAUUUUUUGCUGUAUUCAUACUUAAACUAAUAGGUUACAUUCAUACUAAUAUUAUGCAUCACUCCCGGUGAUAAAGUUUGUUUAUGAAAUAGUUGAUGGCUUUCCUUCAAUUUUUAGUGGAGUGCCGAAGUUCUUGUCCCAAAA